GUGUAGUAUUUCUUUUUUGGUUCUUUCCCCCCCUGUCGUUGUCGUUGCAGUUCAUCCAGCCGCUACUGGAGGACAACAAAAGAGGAAACAAAGUAAUCGUUUUCACUGUGAAGCCUCGUAGGAAGGAGGACGGGGAGUUGUGGGAGGCGGGAGAGAGAUUAUUUUGACGGUACGAGCCGCAGCAGGCAGGCGGACGACUGUGUUCGGAGUGCGGGCACGAGUAAGACAUCCAGCGCUGCUGCAACCAGAGGAACCCGGCUGACUUUUUUCACCCCCCCCCUUUUCAAGCUUUCGUUCCCGCCUCGUGCUCUAAUUUCCAACCCAAACUGGUGUCCGUGCCGCGCUGGAGGGGUUUCACCGACGAGUUCCCUGGGACCUGUGUUGGGAUGAAAGGUGCCAUCAAAUGUGAAUAAAAAAGCUCUAAAGCGAAGACACCUGACCACCAAGGACAGAGACAGGGCGAACUACACAAAGCUGGAGGUCUGAGGAAAUCAUUAAUGACACACAAGCACAUACAGUAUGGCUGAUGACCUGAUCCCUCUGCGACCGUUGGACGUGUCAGGAACUCUGCAGCACUCAUGAGCCCACCUUAAGGAGGGAAGGCACGACUGCAAGUGGAGGAAACGCAGAAGAGGAAGAAGAAAAAGAGAGAGAAAGGCUCAAUCUCAUUCUUCCUGCUGUAUCUCUGAGAAGAAACAUCCACCUUCAGCCCUGGCUGCAGGGCCAGCACGCCUACCCCUGAGGAGCCCCCAGUAUUCUCCAUAUUUUGCAGCUUCCCACCCCGCUACAAGCCACCAACCUCACCGGGGGUCCACCCCCUUCCAACACCACCCUCCCAGGAACCCCAGGGACGGGGCCCUGUCAUGUUGCACUGACUGACCCCUCCCAACCAGCGAAUGACAAGUGUGCAUCCGAGGGUGGGGCUUGCCUCAGUCUCUCAUGAUUGGCUGCUGGAUGGAAUUAAGGUGAAUGGAACACAUGCCCAAGGAGCAGGACUCUAACCCAUCAGAGGGAGAAGAGAAACAGUGGCUCAAUGGCCCUAAAAGGAAGAGGAAGAACAGCCAAUGUUCAGUGAAGAGUAUGACUGGGUACAUCCCCAGCUACCUCGAAAAGGAUGAGCCAUGUGUGGUGUGUGGCGACAAAGCCACUGGUUACCACUACCGCUGCAUUACCUGCGAGGGCUGCAAGGGUUUCUUUCGUAGGACCAUACAGAAAAACCUCCACCCUACCUACUCCUGCAAAUACGAUGGCUGCUGCAUCAUCGACAAGAUCACCCGCAACCAGUGUCAGCUGUGCCGCUUCAAGAAGUGCAUCGCAGUGGGCAUGGCUAUGGACUUGGUGCUGGACGACUCAAAGCGGGUGGCGAAACGGCGCCUGAUUGAGGAGAACAGGGAGCGACGCAAAAAGGAGGAAAUGGUGAAAACCCUUCAGAGCCGUCCAGAGCCCACAGUGGACGAGUGGGACCUGAUCCGCCUGGUGACGGAGGCCCAUCGACACACCAAUGCUCAGGGCGCACAGUGGAAACAGAAGCGCAAAUUCCUGCCAGACAAAAUCGGCCAGUCUCCAGUUGCCCCGACGUCAGACGGAGACAAAGUGGACCUGGAGGCCUUUAGCGAGUUCACCAAGAUUAUCACCCCUGCCAUCACCCGUGUUGUUGACUUUGCCAAAAAACUGCCCAUGUUCUCUGAGCUGCCUUGUGAAGACCAGAUCAUCCUGUUGAAGGGCUGCUGCAUGGAGAUCAUGUCGCUGCGAGCCGCCAUUCGCUACGACCCCGAGAGCGAGACGCUGACGCUAAGCGGGGAAAUGGCUGUGAAACGUGAGCAGCUGAAGAACGGAGGGCUGGGCGUGGUGUCCGACGCCAUCUUUGAUUUGGGCAAAAGCCUGGCGCAGUUCAACCUGGACGACACGGAAGUGGCGCUGCUGCAGGCCGUGCUUCUGAUGAGCUCAGACCGCUCAGGCCUAACCUGUGUGGACAAGAUUGAGAAGUGCCAGGAGACCUACCUGCUGGCGUUUGAGCACUACAUCAACUACCGCAAGCACAACAUUCCCCACUUCUGGCCGAAGCUCCUGAUGAAGGUGACGGACUUGCGGAUGAUCGGGGCGUGCCACGCUAGCCGCUUCCUCCACAUGAAGGUGGAAUGUCCCAACGAACUCUUCCCCCCGCUCUUCCUCGAAGUCUUCGAGGAACAAGAGGUGUGAAACGCAGCCACCAUGCUGUGGUGGGAAGAGGAAGUUUGAGGGCAAAAAUGGGAGAUGGGUUAAAGCCAUCACUUUUUUAAGGGGAAAGGAUGGAAUGAGAGUCUCAUCGGCAGGAUUCUGCGGAUCUCCGACAUCACAUUCACACGUUGUGGUUUUAAAAACUGGAAACAAUAACCGAAAGAACACACCAGCAACAGGAGAGUCAAAAACAAAGGAUUUUGUUUUGAACAUCUUCUCCUCCACCUCGUUCUCCUCCUUAUACCCACCCCUGUUUUAAAAUCUGUGUGGGGGCCCUUCUGUCUGAGCAUGAUGUCUUAUCCAGUAAGAGUUGUAGCCAUUUGCCAAGACACAAACACGAACACACACUCACGCACACGGUCAGCCGCAGCUUGUUCCACCUCAGUUUUUCAGGGCAGCGCUUCGUGGGGGUCAGUUUCCCCUCCUUGUCUUGUGUUCUUUUUGGUUUUUGCAGCGGUCACACGUUUUGAAGCCCAUAUUUCCAGCCUCAAAGUUGGUCAGCACCUCUCAGUAUUAUUUCUGAAUAAGUGUUAAGGUAGCCAUUCAGAAAACAAGGACAAUAGGGACAGAUUAUUUGUACGCGGUCAUGCAGGCAAUCAGCAAACACUGCACAGUGAAAUUUCAGCAGACAUUUGAUAGAUUUGUCUGGUGUUUAAUGGCUGUAAUGAAGCAGAGUUACCAGACCUAGUUAUCAACAACUCAAUCUGAGCCGUUACCGCUGUUUUCUUUUUUUUCGUUUGUUUGUUUUGUUAGGUUUUUGGAGCUGCUUCUUCUCUCAGAUCCCAUUGAAACCGGUGCUAUAUUUAUAUAAGGCUACUCCAGUCGUAUGAAAUUGUGUUGUCUACCUUUAACAAGACCGUGCAGCCCAUGGCUCCAUAUCUACCUUCAUUUUUUGUCAUCAGACCGGCUCCUGUGACAUACAACACGCACACAAACACACAUGAGCAGAUUUGCCUUGUCAUUGCCUGCGCUGCUUGAGCCAGCAGCCUACCGUCUUAUGAAUGACAAUGAAGCCCUUCUCUCCGAGGAGUUACUGCAUUGAAGGAAGAGAAGGAAAGGGGUAAAAAAGGAGAGAGGGGAGGAGGAAGGGACACACUUGGAGGAGGAGCAGAGACAGAGAGGAAAUACGAUGUAGUAUCUGGACUGCAGAGUCAGAACGGGGCUCAGGAGUAAAUCUUCCACGCCCUGCCUCAGUGGAGGUUUUGAAUUGCAGCAGCCACCAGCAAGACAGCAAAGCUCAUCUUACAUAGCCUGUCUCUCGCUUUUGUCUUACACACACAUACACACACAUAUAUGAACAUAAAAACACAAUUUCACCUCAGAGUAACGUGAAUGCCUCAUUUUACUGUACGCGCUGCAACAGUGUCGAUUUAUGGCCCUAACCUGCAGGGUUUUUUUUUUAUUUUACAGAGUCCCUUCCUCACGGACUCAGCUCAGUGUGGCCCCUCUGGGCUUCCAUACACAUUUGCCUUUUUUUUUUUUUUUUUUUUUUUAAACCAUGGGCGUCACUGAGAGCAGGCAAAUGCCAAUAAGGCUACCAUUUACCUCAAAAUGGACACACCCCGAGGCUGGGGCAGCAAUACUGCCCCUGUGGUGUCAGGCACUACCUCACCUCUGUGGACACAGGGCAGCUGCCCACAGCCUACACACAGACGUACAUAAUUAUAGUUGUGGAAAGACAAAACACUUGCAUUAUACUCACACGCAUACACACUUGGUUCAAAUGAAAUACCACUGAAGACAGGAGGGCCGACCAUCCCCCUGCAAAGGUUUUUUUACCGACUCCAGGGAAUGGUACCCAUCACAUUUGGGUUGUCUGUUUUUCUGUUUUAUGGGACCAAGAGUCUUUUUUUUUCUUCUUUUCUUUUAAAUUUAGAUUUGCAUGUUUCUGUAAAGGCAGAAACCAACACACAUGACAGCAUGGAAGUCCAACAUGGUAGCGAGCAGCAAGAGGAUGGAUAACACAGUCGCUGCAUACCCACGCUGGCCGCGCCCGUUGAAUUAGCAUGCAUAGAAAGGGUGAAUCUGUCUGUUUCAUGAUGACUUUCCACAGCACACAUAUGAUGGCUUCCUCCGGAGCUGGAAAACCAGCUUUCUCUUGUUGACGGGCAGUGCAUUGGACGAAAAAGUUUUAAAUUUGUCUCAUGCGCUUCCCCGCUUUCUCACUACUAUCUCAUGUGGAACAUCUAUGGCAGAUAUAAGAGUGCUAGCCAAAUGACCAUUGAAGAAUGUUAAUUUGUUCAUAAAUGCCCACUCUGUUCAUUCCAAUUCUGGGGCCAAGCCAAAUCUAUAUGGGUUUACCACUUGUACAAGUAGAGAAUAACAGAAACAGAGACUAAAAAGUCUGUUUAAACUGGACGCUUGUGCACGAUGGGUAUUCUGCACCCCUCAGAGCAGAGCAGGGGAACAUGUGGUACAGAUCAUGGAUGAUCAUCCCAGGUAGGAGGGGAGAGGAACUGGAACACCAGCUCUGGGCACAGCGAUGGAAUCCCUUUUCCUCCAGCAAUUCAUUGCCUCUUCUUCUCCUUUACUCCAGCUAUUACUCCAUUACCCUCUCUGGAGCCCAUUUCAGACCACCUUUACAUAAGACUCCCACUCAGCCAGGCUGGUGGGAGUUUUUGCACUACUGCAGAGGUCCUCCCUUUCGCCCCUUUAACUCGUCAAAAUUUAAAUCAGUGCGCAUCAGUUUUCCCAACUCGGCUAAAAUGGGAAUCUGAACUACUCUGUAUAACAGAGGCUGACAGCUGCAGUGGGCUCAGUCCCAAACCUGUCUUGUCGUCAGUAUUAGACCAACAGCACACAACCAACCCGCAAAAAGAGGGUGGUGGGAGAUCCCUGCGUAGGGGGACUGUGUAGCACUUAAUCCUUCUCCUUGUAAAACGCAUCAUCCUUCCUACAUAAAAAUCAGUCCACAUUUUAGCAUUGGAGCCCUCUAAGAAUCCUCCCUUUUAUCAUUUUCCUCCAACUGCCUCACCGCUGAGUAGUUCACCCCCAGUUUGACCCAGUAUCACAGACACCGAGCAGGAUCCAGGCCUGUCCCUUGUGAGACAAGGCUGGCCGCGACUGCCCUUCAGUGGCACCACCGAUUGAAUGUUGAACAGCGAAGAACAGCAGCGACAAGACCCAGGAACUUUUUGAGAAUGUAAGAAUGUUAGAGAAGAAAAAAAAGCACGGGACAGGAAAGGAAAAAAGCCAAGGGCAUCCCCCCCAACCCUCACUGCCAUUACUGACAUGGGUGAGAGUGGGAGAGGUGGCCAGUUGUAGAGACAACAAAAAAACACAGAGGAAGGGAAGAUACUGGGAUGCGCAAGGUCUCCUCUUUAAUUCCCACUCAGCUCCUCAUGAACCCUGACAAAAUUUGCCCAAAUAUGCCCUCUCCCAUCCCCCCCCCCCCCCCCCCCCCCCCUUCCUAAAGGAUAACCUCCUAACUUUCACAUUGUGAGGGUCAGAAAGAGAUCCCACAUUCCAGAGAUGCAGGUUUGGAAAACGUCUUUGUAAAAGAACUGAAAAAGAAAGAAAAAAAGAUUGAUGUCCUUUGCUGAGCUGACUCGGUAUGUGUGUGUGUGUGACCGAGGGGGGUUUAUAAUGCUGCUUUACCUUCUGAGAAAGAUUCUAUGAAAUGAUUAUGAAUCCAUAAAACAAAAUUAAGAGAGGACUUAAAAAAAAAGAUAAAGACUGCUAAACAAAAUUUACCAGAGAAUUCUUUUUUUUUCUUUUCAUUUUCUGUCAUUGUUGUCAUAUUUCUGUUUGUAUUUUUGACGUUUUACCUGCUCUGUGUAAGAGGAAAAAAGAAAAAAAAUCGCCUGUAGUCACUUUUUGACCAUGCGUGCAGUGUAACAUAGAAAAUAUUUCACUUCUUUUUCCACAUCUAUUGUUUAUGUUCAUAAGCCAACUGAUGUUUGUCUGUGUCUGUCCAGUUGUCCGUCCCCUUUUAUCAGGAGGAACUUACAACCAACAAAAACAGGAAUUUCUUUUGUAUCUCUCUCUAUAUAUAAAUAUAUAUAAGUAUAUAUUUCUCUUUUUUUCAUUUUAAAUACAAUUUUGGAAAAAAAAAAACACAGAAGAAAUAAUGCAACGUAAACUGAAAACAGAAAAAAACUGAAACAAUCUUGUCAUACCUCACACAACACAAAACUCAAAGGAACAUGCUAGGAGUUUGAUUUUGCAGGCACAUGUGAAAGUUAAAUCGAUUAUAGAUGGUAAAAAAGAGAAAGAUAAAUGCUUGUGUGAAUGCAUUGGUAAUAGUUACAAAAGGACUCUUCCUUCAAGCUUUGGGGCCCUCAUUGAUUUUUGGCUCUCAGACGAUGGGAGACGUGAUUAACAUGAGAACAUGUUUGGUUAAAAAAAAAUAAUAAUAAUCUAACUUAGAGGCACAGUCUGCAGACGAUAAAUGUGAACGGCCCAGAGACUGAGGGAUUUCGACUUCUGUAAUGGCUGAGUGUUUUCUGGAACUGAAUGUAGCUGACAGGAGGGGGAGGGGGGCUGGACCUGAGCCCGCUACCCGUAACCUAACUUCCACACACCAGCAGAAAAGAAAGAUAGUGGUCUCACACAGAUGUUACAAAAGACAAAAAACAACUAAACUGAGAAUAUCUAUUGCCCAUCUGAAAGGUGCAAUACAAUGUUAUGUAUUUUUGUAUGUUUUCUGUUUUGAUUUUAUUUCCUUUCUUUUUUUGGGUGGGGGGGGGACAUAAACAAGGAUGUAAAUACAAAAUAAUACAUAUAACACUCAAGAUUCAUUGUAAAAAGUCGAUUUAACCUCUCCACCCCACUGUCUUGUAAGUGGAAAAAAAAGCAAAGAGAUGCUUGUUACAUUUUUUUAAUGUAUGCACCCUCUCACGUGCAUGCAGAUCCAUAUUCAAAAGUGCCCCGUGACAUUAAUCAUGAACCCUGUGCCUCCUCUUGUUUGCAAAGAGAUAGAAGCCUACCCCGUAUAUGCUCACAACAACAUGAGUGGCUACAGUUUUGUGUAUGUGUGUUCACCUUUUGGAGUCAGAUUCAGCUCUUCCAGACUAAUGAUGUGAGUGUUGCCAGCAGGAGGAGCUGAGAGAGCAGCAGGCCAUUUGGGGGGGGGUUGAGAGACGGGAGAUACGUAUGGGAGGUUGUUGUUUAGCAAGCGUGCUAGCUAAUCUUGCUGCUAAACACCCACAUCAUAGUCAUCUCAAGUCUAAAAUGGAUCUGCCCCGUUUUGUCCAAAGCACAGAUGCCUUGCUGAAGCCAGCCUAAAACUCCCCCAGGGUGAAUUUGGAAACAAAAUAAUGCGAGGAUAAGUGAAGCAGGAACCUGAACUUGUUUACAACAAAUACAAGAGGCCUCAGUUACACUCGUCAUAAAACGCUGCUUCCACAGAGGAAGAUCGUUUGAAGCAUUUUAAUGUCUGGCUCUAAUGUGACUCAAAUCGUCGCUCUAUCUGGUUUGGAAAAUUAAAUUUUUCUCUGUAAGAUUGAAUCAAUUUAUUCUCCGUUAUCCAAUCUGCCACAGAUGCAUGACAUGAAGUGUAAAUGGGGUCUAAGAAGUGCUGUAUUUGGUCUGCAGCUCUGACUGCUCAAAGCUGAAAGUCAUUUUGGUGAAUUCUGACUGAUGACGCCCACAACUCAAACAAACUGCAUGUUUCCCAACCACAACAAGCCCCGUGAGGGUUUUCAGGCUGGUUUUUGCGGAGCUUCGAAAGCCCAUCCCUAUCAUGGAUCCCAAUUUAUUCCCACGUGUUGACACUUUGGACAAGGGUGGAGAUUGUUUGUAAUGUCUUUUGGUUUUAUGGUUGUGUUUUGUCUCCCCUUCCCCCAUCCUGCGCCCCUCUAUGCCAAAUGUAAAGUUUGUUAAGACAUGUUAGUAGCAGGAUGUCUAUGCAAUCCCCACCCCCUGAAAUUAAAUUUGGCCUGGUUUGAAUUCCAGAAGCUCUUUUCAUGACCCAAACACCCCUUGCUACUCUGUGUGGGUAAGGCCUGGACCGUUCUGUGGAGCUGGCCUCCUGCCCGGCUUGUUGGCUGAUCCCGAGGCUCAGCAGGUCACAGUGGUCUGGGCUCCACAAAAAAAACUAGGAGGGGUUACUGGGAAUGUUGUGGAGAAUCAGCAGAAGGAUUCUACAAGAUGUGCUGUUUUUUUGUUUGUUUGUUUGUUUGUUUUUUAGUUUUAUUCUUUUUUUGUAAACUGCUCAGAAUGUGGCGCAUGUGUGUGUAUGUGUGUGUGUGUCAGUUGGAAGUUUGGGUACUGUUCAUGUUUGUUUAAUGCGAUGCUCUCAUAGUUCGGUGCAUAAAGGCCACAGAGCCUGAAAUUCCAAGACUGAAAUGAGCAACUAAAUUUAGUCUGGACCUGUGCGGCUUCAAACUUUGUGUCUAGUGAACAUUAGAGUAUUCUGAAUAGCUGACGUUCAUAUGUAAGGUGUACGUAGCAUAAAUAAGUUUACCUAAUCCAUUACCUCUGCUUUUGACUUGUGAGGAGUGGGUGUGGUCUGAUUUGUAAUCAUAAAAUUUCUGGGAAAAAAAAAUAAUAAAAAUGGCAUCACCUCCUGCAGUUGCACAUCAGAAACCUGCUGAUCUUCAGCUUAACGUGAGCACUUAACUAAAAAGCACUUUGAAAGGCCAAACUCUUCGAUGGUAAUUUCUGAAAAGAAAAUUUAUUUGUAUAUAAAAAUUGCAUGCAAGCUAAAUGCCUUUUGCAUAAUUUAAAUUCUCAUUUAAAUUAGUUUAACCCCGAAACCUAAAAGAACUACAACUUCCAAGCAAAGACAUUUAAUAAAAAAAGAAAGUUUACAAUUAUUUUUAAUGAAGUGCAAUAAGUGAGUGUGAUGUAUUACUCAUCUAAUCAGAUUUUUUUUAUAUAUAUAUAUACUCCUGUGGGGUAUGUUGCACCUUCCCAUGAGAGCAUCAGCAAGACCCAGUCCACUCACACACCUGCACACACACAUACAUACAAAUGGCUUUUUGUGACUGGGUAAAAGAAGCUAUUGAAGGAUUCUCUCAGGUAAAAAAAAAACAAAAAAACAACAAAAAAAAACAUUUUCUAAUAAAUGAUGA